UCUUUCUGUUCAUUAGUGCUGAUGCUUUUAAUGACCCAUUCACACUCAUAAAUAAAUCGCUACUCUUACAAAAAAACCAGUCCACUCAUCAGCUAAAGUAAACCUGCUGCAUUUCAAUUCCAUCUCUAGAAGAAAGUCCAACAACAUGAGGCAAGAUGAUGGUCAUGGUGGAAAGGCCAUGGUCGCUCGGAUAGUCGCUGCUUCCUUGUUCAGUCUCGUCACCGCUGCCGCUGCUACUCACUAUCACCGGAAUAAGUCAAAAGCUAAAAGAGACGCAGGAAGAAGCUUGCUAAUUCCACGGCUUGACAGAAGAGAAUCCGGCCGUAUCGGAAAUCUAGAGAGAUUCUCUCACUAUGUUGCUAGGCAACUUGGAUUUGCAGAUCCAAACGAGUGCCCACAGCUAUGCAAGUUGGCUUAUGAUUAUUUGAGGAAAAGUAAAGACUGCGAAGGUAAUAUCUAUGAGUUUUUUGCUAAUGAAGCUGAGGCUGAGUCUUUGUAUGUGAAGCUUAUAGAAGAAUUUGAUAGAUGCAUCCUUAGUUAUUUUGCCUUUCACUGGACUCAACUUUCUCAUAUGAUUACUCAGGUGAUUAAUGAUGAAUCUGAGAAUAAGCCAAAACUCAAAGAUUUCGUAAUGGCAGCUACACGGAAACAAAGAUUUGAAAAGGUGACUAAGGACUUGAAGGUGACAAGAGUCCUCUCAACCCUGGUGGAGGAGAUGAGAGCAAUUGGCAAGGGUGGAUCACAAACUUCCGAUUUAAUGGUUCCGAUGGCCCUUAGCGAGAGGAGUCCAAUGCUGCUUCUUAUGGGCGGUGGUAUGGGGGCUGGCAAGAGCACAGUCAUCAAAGAUAUUCUCAAAGACUCAUUCUGGUCAGGAGCGGCACCAUUAAUAGUGGAAGCAGAUGCAUUUAAAGAAUCAGAUGUUAUUUACAGAGCCAUAAGCGCUAUGGGUCACCAUGAUGACCUUCUCCCAACUGCUGAACUGGUGCACCAAUCGUCCACUGAUGCUGCGUCAUCACUUCUAGUAACCGCGCUAAAUGAGGGUCGGGAUGUGAUCAUGGAUGGUACCCUCUCAUGGGCGCCUUUUGUUGAACAGACGAUUGCAAUGGCGCGUAAUGUGCAUAAAUACAAGUAUCGAAUGGGAGUAGGAUAUAAGGUGGCUGCGGAUGGAACUGUUACUGAAAAUUACUGGGAGAGAGAGGAAGGUGAAAAUCAACAACAGAAUGAAAAUGGAGAAGUAAAACAAAGGAAACCAUAUAGAAUAGAGAUGGUUGGAGUCGUUUGUGAUGCUUAUCUUGCAGUUGUGAGAGGCAUCAGGAGAGCUAUAAUGACUAGAAGAGCUGUAAGGGUUAGUUCACAGUUGAAGUCACACAAGAGAUUUGCUGGUUUAUUUAGGAGAUACUGUGAACUUGUUGAUCAUGCCAGGCUAUAUUGCACCAAUGCAGUAGGAGGACCACCUAGGUUGAUAGCAUGGAAAGAUAUAGAGAGCAGGCUGCUGAUUGAUACAGAAGAAAUCAAAUGCUUAACAGACGUGAGCAGUUUAAACUCUGAUGCAGAAUCUAUAUAUGAGCUUUAUGCCGAUCCAAGUGCAAUAUGCAAGUCCGGCUCAGUUUGGAACGACAUCGUCUUGUCACCUUCAAGAUCUGCUCUUCAAUCUGAGCUCAAAAGGGCAAUUCAAAUGAUUGAAAAUCCACCACCAAAGGACAACUCGGCUUGAAAAGGAUGUAUUUCAACUCAUGCAUGACCAAAUUUUAACUUCAUGAAUGUUAAUUUUCAGAAUGACGAGACUGAUAGAAAGAUAUUUCAUGUUUUCAUUCAACCAGAAUGCAAUGCAUUGAUUUUUGGUA